AUGUAUCUGGUGGUAGUUGACGCUUACAGUAAGUUUCCAGAAGUUGUUAAAAUGACUACUACAACAGCUACGACUACUAUAAAUGCACUGCGAGAUAUCUUUAGCCGCCAUGGUCUUCCGGAAAUAUUAGUUUCCGAUAACGGACUGCAAUUCAUUGCCGGCGAGUUUCAACAGUUCUGCCGUAACAACGGAAUUAUGCAUCGAACUUCUGCAGCCUACAAACCUUCAACGAACGGUCAAGCUGAACGAGUUGCUCAAAUUUUGAAAUCGGCGAUUGAGCAAGCUCGAAUUACUAAACAGGAUGUGAACGUGGUUAUUGCUAAGAGCUUACUAGUGUAUCGUAAUGCACCACAUUCUACAACGGGUGCGGCACCUUCAGUUUUACUUAUGGGCAGACGUCUGCGAACCCGACUUGAUCUAGUCUUUCCUUCCGUUCAGGAACAUGUGAAGCAAAAGCAAUAUAAAGUCCUUGAACGUUCUGCGAAUCUAAACGUGCGAUCCUUUGUUGAAAGGGAAAAUGUCUUAGCACGUAAUUAUCAAGGGAAAGAGAAAUGGAUUCCUGGAGUGGUCACUAAAGUUCUUGGUUCAAGGCAUUACAUGGUUAGAGUACCUGGAUAUCUGUGGAAACGACAUGUAGAUCAGUUAGUCAAAUACAAUCCGCAGAUUGAACCAGAAAACGAUUGGGAUGAAGUUGAGAUCUCUUCGGAAAAGAGUGGGACACCGGAAGCAGAACAAUUAUCUGAAAAUUCGAACAGAUAUGGAAACACCUCGGGUACUAGUAGCAAUGAUUCUGUAGAAAAGAACGAUAAUGAAAACUCUGUUACUGAUAAUUCAAGUGCGAAUAACUCAGGUUCCGCCGAAAAACGUUAUCCGUUAAGAGCUAAUCGAGGAAGAACAGAUCAUUAA